UAUAGCAGCGUCACUCACAUGACGUCUCUUCUCUGAGCAGCAGCAGCAGCAGCCAGUUGUUUACGGGUGCUGAUGCAUUUGCUAAUGGACACUGGGUUGGCUGGCUGUCAAACCCUCUAGGCAGGAGGCAAAGCAGCACAGGUUGUUCCAGAGGUUGCCAGACAGGGACAAGGGUCUAUUGUGUCCGCAGCCCUCAGGUCCUCAGUUCCUGCUGUUAAAGGCUCUGAGACGACGACAGCAUGGAAGAAGAGAAGAUGAACGGCAGUGCUGGCCACUCCUCCCAUCUUACGGACCCACCCAAAGAGAGCAUGCAGCUAAAGAAGGAGAUCUCGCUGCUCAACGGAGUCAGCCUGAUCGUAGGAAACAUGAUCGGCUCUGGCAUCUUCGUCUCCCCCAAGGGUGUGCUAAUCUACAGCGCCUCGUACGGGCUGUCGCUUGUCAUCUGGGCCAUUGGCGGCCUAUUCUCUGUGGUAGGGGCGCUCUGCUACGCUGAGCUGGGCACCACCAUCACCAAAUCAGGAGCAUCCUACGCAUACAUCCUGGAGUCAUUUGGCGGCUUCAUUGCAUUCAUUCGCCUGUGGACAUCUUUGUUGAUUAUUGAGCCCACCAGCCAGGCGGUCAUAGCCAUUACGUUUGCAAACUACUUGGUGCAACCGCUAUUUCCAACGUGUGAACCGCCAUACGUAGCAUCCAGGCUCCUCGCCGCAGCAUGUAUAUGCUUACUGACAUUAAUCAACUCCACCUAUGUAAAGUGGGGAACCCGCGUGCAGGACAUAUUCACCUAUGCCAAGGUGGCAGCCCUCAUCGUCAUCAUCGUUACCGGCAUCGUCAAGCUGAGCCAGGGUUACACAAACAACUUUGAAUCGUCCUUUCAGGGAUCGUCCACAGACCCCGGUGACAUUGCGCUGGCGCUCUACUCUGCCCUUUUCUCCUAUUCCGGCUGGGACACACUCAACUUUGUUACUGAGGAGAUCAAAAACCCUGAAAGGAACCUGCCCAUGGCCAUCGCCAUCUCUAUGCCCAUUGUCACCAUCAUCUACGUCCUCACCAAUGUGGCUUACUAUGCUGUUCUGGAUGCUAGUGCUAUACUGGCCAGCGAUGCGGUGGCAGUGACAUUUGCAGAUCACACGCUCGGUGUGAUGAGCUGGACCAUCCCCUUUGCUGUGGCUCUGUCCUGCUAUGGAGGCCUCAAUGCCUCCAUCAUAGCUGCAUCCAGGUUGUUCUUUGUUGGCUCUCGUGAGGGCCACCUUCCAGACGCUCUGUCCAUGAUCCACAUAGAGAGAUUCACUCCGAUCCCUGCUCUGAUCUUCAAUUGCAUCAUGUCACUGAUCUACCUGACAGUGGAGGACGUCUUCCAGCUCAUCAAUUACUACAGCUUCAGCUACUGGUUCUUCAUGGGUCUGUCCAUCGCCGGCCAGAUCUACCUCCGCUGGAAAGAGCCUGACAGACCCAGACCUCUCAAGCUCACAGCCUGCCUCCUGAUCUCUCUCUCUGCAGCUGUCCUUAGUGUACCCGGUGGUCUUCUGUCUGUGCUCUGUGUUCCUGGUGGCCGUUCCUCUCUACAGCGACACUGUCAACUCCCUGAUUGGCAUCGCCAUUGCCCUGUCAGGGGUCCCUGUCUACUUCCUGGGUGUCUAUCUGCCAGAAUCCAAACGACCGCCUGUCAUCACCAAGCUACUGCGUUCUCUGACUCUCUCCGCCCAGUACACCUGCUACUGUGUACUAACAGAGAUGGACAAAAGUGAAUAGCAUCCAAAACACUUUAAAACUCAACACCAGCAGUCUCUACAUCCUGAAAGCUGAAAGUCACCGGGGCCAGCCAGGCGAGGGAUUCUUCUUUGAAAAAAAAAAAAAAAAGGAUUUUAUUGUACUGUUCACCACGUUGAAGCUCUCAGAUGCCACUGACUUGUUUACACUGAGAAUGCUGCCAGAUGCCCACCUUCACUUGCAGCUUUAUCCUGGAAUUCAAGGCCAUUCAAAGACUCCGAUCGUAAGGAUUGACAGUACUGUUACACUGCAUACUGUGGCUAUUUCUAUUCUUCAUCACACUUUUUAAUGAUCUCUAUUAUGAAGGAUCUGCCUUGUUAGUUCCACAGGUAACUGUAUAAUGCCUUUUAAACAGUAUGUGCCUGUGAGAUUUCACAGCUGCUGCACAUGACCACAGGGACCUGAUAAUGAUUAUACAUAAAGUACAUUUUUAAUAUAUGGAUUCAACCCACUUUAACUGAAAGAUAUAAAUAUAUAUAAAUAUAUAUAUAUAUAUAUAUAUAUAUAUAUAUAUAUAUAUAUAUAUAUAUAUAUAUAUAUACAUUAUGUGUGAAUGUGCAUAAUUUCACCUGUGAAUGAAAAGAUAAAUCAUAAAUUGUCUAUCAUGUAAGCUUAGUGAAUGGAAAAAAGGGAAGAUAAUGUUUUUUUUUGUCUGCUGCUAUGGGAAGACUUUGAGUCAUCAUCCGAAUGCCAUUGCCUUUAUGUACAUUUGGUGUCAUUGUCUGAUGUCUGGUAGGUGUGUUUUUGCAUUUUAACUGUUGAAAUAAAACAUUGGGCCUUUUCCAUUUGG